AGUCUGAUUUCCACUCGUUAGCGGACAGUGAAGGUUACCUGCUUCAACAGUGCUUGAACGGCAACCUUUCAUCUGUCUUCAAAACCCAGGACGGGAAAAAUAAUCAUCUUUAAUCGCCCAUCUUUACCACCAAUAACAUCUAAAUUUAAAAAAAAUUAAAAAAUCACCUUUAAAGCGCCACCGAACACGUUUAGCCUGCUAGCUGAAAGUGUUUUCGCUAACAACGACAGCUCCUCGACAUCCUCUUUGAACCAUGAGUUCCCAGGUGAGACAGAACUUCCACCAGGACUGCGAGGCUGCGGUCAACAGGCAGAUCAACCUGGAGCUGUAUGCCUCCUACGUCUACCUGUCUAUGGCAUACUACUUUGACCGGGACGACCAGGCAUUGCACAACUUUGCCAAAUUCUUCCGCAAUCAGUCGCAAGAGGAGCGUGAGCACGCUGAGAAGCUAAUGAAACUGCAGAACCAGAGGGGGGGAAGGAUCUUCCUGCAAGACAUCAGGAAACCAGAGAGGGAUGAGUGGGGCAGUGGGAUAGAGGCCCUUGAAUGUGCCCUGCAGCUCGAGAAGAGCGUGAACCAGUCCCUGCUGGACAUGCACAAGCUCUGCUCUGAUCACAAUGACCCACAUAUGUGUGAUUUCAUCGAGACACACUAUCUGGAUGAGCAGGUGAAGUCCAUCAAGGAACUGGCAGACUGGGUGACCAACUUGCGUCGCAUGGGAGCUCCUCAGAACGGCAUGGCCGAAUACCUGUUUGACAAACACACCCUGGGCAAAGAAAGCAGCUAAACCCCUCCACGUCACAUUUCUAAAAGCUUUCUAUAAUAUGUAUAUUUGUUUUCUUUUUUUGCUAGCGAAUGUUUUCAAAAUAUGAAGCCAUCUGCAUGAUCCUGCCUAGUGAUUUCACCUUCUUAUAUUACUCAUACAGUUAUUGCCAUUCUCUGUAUGUUACUACAGUAACCUGUAGAAUUCCCUGAUCCCAUAGCUGAGCCACUACAUUUAAAAAGCCCGCUCUAUCUUGCACUUCUUUCUGUGCUGUCAAUGCCCAUGUCAUAUCUAUGUAUUUGCUGUGUUUUUGCCUGGAACUGUUAUUCACACCAAAUAAAACAAACCCUCUGGAUUCU